UGGACAGUUGCUCUCUCCGAAAUUGGGCAAAUGGGCAGUUGUGACGGGAGCCACAGAUGGAAUCGGGAAAGUCUAUGCAGAGAAGAGGAGCAAUACAAGGUGGAGACCAAGACCAUCGCUGUGGACUUUGGUCUGUCGGAUAUCUACCCCAAGAUUGAAGCUGGACUGGCAGGCCUGGAGAUCGGAGUGUUGGUGAACAAUGUUGGAGUCUCCUAUCCCUACCCUGAGUACUUCCUGCAUAUUCCUGACCUGGACAACUUCAUCACCAACAUGAUCAAUGUCAACAUGACCUCUGUUUGCCAGAUGACCCGUCUUGUCCUGCCCAGAAUGGUUCAGAGCUGCGGCUGCGCCUUCCUCUUCUCCCAGCUCCCCCACCACCCAGCUGCGCCUCCCCUCCUUCUUUCUAGCCCUCUUUCUUUGUUCCCCAUUCUGACCAGCUGUUUUUCAAUUCACACAAAGUGCGCCCUCGGAUUGGCUCGGACGAAUCACAUGGGAUCUCUGUGCCAAUGGAAAGGUCCAAAGGUGUGGUCCUCAACAUCUCCUCUGCUAGUGGCUUUUGUGGACUUCUUCUCUCGUGGACUUCAGGAGUACAAGGCCAAGGGAAUCAUUGUCCAGAGUGUACUGCCCUUUGUGGCCACCAAGAUGACCCGUAUCAAGAAGCCCACCCUGGACAAGCCAACCCCUGAGCGCUAUGUGGCCGCGGAGCUGAACACCAUCGGACUGCAGGGCCAGACCAACGGCUACUUCCCCAUCGCUGUAAUGAUACGGACUGUACGUUUAUUUUUGGACAAGUCGAGGGCUGGCUGACCACUGUCCUGGUGCCUAACUUGGUCAUCUACUUCGGGGCCAGGAUGAACCGAGCCCAACGCACCGGAUACCUGAAGAGGAGGAAGCUGAGGGAACUGGCCAACCAGAGCAACGGGAAGAGUGACAGGCUGAAGAGCGAGUAAAACCAACUCCAUAGCAACGAAUGGAGACUAGAAGCUGACCAUUGAACUUCCAAUCAACUACCCUGGACUGUGUCUGUGUUGAUCAGCCCCCCCCCCCCAGAUGUUUCACAUUGUUUAGUUUUAGCCAUAAACUGGCACACCUGAUUCCAUCAGUUGACUAAUGGUGUCAGGUGUGCCAUUUUAGGGUUAAAACCAUUUGAAACGUCUGGGGAAGCCUGAUUUUAGAGGGGUGGUCAACGCUGCAUUAGAUCAUGUUGUUGAAUUUUCACUUGACUGUUUUUUAAUAUUUUUUUGUGUGUCACGGAGUCCAUAUUGAUGUAAUUUUAGCAAGUCUCUCUGAAUGAAGUGGUAACUGGCCACAGUGGCAGGAACAAAAUAAAUGAAAGGAAAAUGUCUUUGUUCUCAGCACAGGGAAUAGUUAUUUUUCUAGGAAAAGGUCUUUGUUCUCAGCACAUGGAAUAGUUAUUUUUCUAUGUAUCAAAUGAAUUGGUGAUAUGAAUCUAAAAGAGAUUUUUAUGUACGUAAAAAGCAAGCUUCUUCAGGCACUUUACGAAGUGUCGUUUAUACGCUGUGGCUGAAAAGUGUACAAGUGAUAAUCUUAAUCCCACCUGUCCUUGAUUCCUAAUUUCCUUAACACCUCUCUAAGCUCAUUGGAGGACAGGCUCAAAGGUCCCACCCCUCGAACCCCUUCCAAUGAGCUUCCAGAGGGAGGAAUCAAGAACCCGGAUAGUCAGAGUUGAUGGCUUGUACACGUUUCAGACCUUAGCCCAUGUAAGGAUCUCUCUCCAGCCUCAGCUUGUCUUGUCUUGUCUUUAGCUGAGUUGUUGGCUUUUUUUGUGGUUGUUUUUGUGGAUUUGUUUUGUUUCCUGGUUUUAAGGUGUCCAACCGCAAUCUUGUAAGGUUGUUUUAUGGAUUUGAUGGAGGGAAACAAAAGUACAUUUUUUUUCUCUUUCUCAUCCAGUUCAUGUUGGUUUUAGUCCAACAAGAGGGACUCUGGUAUAUUGAAGUCCUUGUAUGGAGCUCUGAACGAGCGACAAUAAUAGUUGAAAAGCUGACCAUACACGCUGUUGGCUUACAGCUCAUACAUUGUAUUGCAGAUAACAAAGAUUGUAUGUAUUAUAUUGUGCAAGAUUGCCUCUUUGUACAACGAGCACAACUCUUUCUGACUGUGUUUGUAUGGGGGUUUGACUGUGUUUGUAUGGGGGUUUGACUGUGUUUGUAUGGGGGUUUGGUCUGUGUUUGUAUGGGGGUUUGGUCUGUGUUUGUAUGGGGGUUUGGUCUGUGUUUGUAUGGGGGUUUGGUCUGUGUUUGUAUGGGGGUUUGGUCUGUGAGGGCCUUGGCUCUCUGUAUGCCUUGUUCAGACUUUAACCGUGGUGCCUUUUUUAGAAGAGUUUUCAGUGUGAAACUCCCCCAGUUUUACAUGAUCAGGGAUGUUGAGCAGUGAAUUGCCGUGAACUCCUGCUACUUUGCACCUAUAUAAUAUUCAGAACUUUUCUAUGAUUUUAUAACUUUAAAAAAUACUGUGCAAUGAGCUCUGUAGUUUCACUCAAAUUUUUUGUAUGAUUUCUGGAUAUUAUUAAUGAACAUGUACUAUGCUGUUUAAAAGGGAUUCAAAUGUUCAUUUUAUAUUCCUUGUGUGUUAAAAAAAGUUUAUAACAUGGCG